UUGUUUAUCUUAUUUUUACAGUGAAGAUUAUGGAAAACAGAGCUAUGUAUACAAGAAGAUAAAUAAAAUAUUGAUAAUUUUUCAAAUUUCUUACAGAUUGGGAGAUUAUACCUCAAGCCAAGGAAUCAGCUCAAAAGCUGGACACUUCUAAGAAAGAAUCUUCUGAGGAAAUGUGUACAGAGGAUGGCUCCUCUGCCUCUAAGUCAGGAGAAUCCCAGAAAUAUAAUUUUAUCUUAGAGAGGCAAGAGAGUAAUGGGGAUAAGUAUCUUAUACAACAGAAAUUUCAUCAUAUGAAAGCUCCCAACAAAGUAAAAAACGUUGAAUGCAACAACUAUAGCAGAAGCUUUCAUCUAGGACCAAUUCUUUUUCCUCAACAGAGAGUAUCUGUAGGAAAGAGUCUCCAUAAACUUGAUACACAGAAAAAGAGCAUACAGCUAGGUUCAGAAUUAUGUAAAAGUAAUAUAAUCUCCUCAAGGGAGAUCUUUUCUAAUUAUAAUGAAUGUGGAAAAUCUUUCAGGAAUAACUCAGUUCUCAGUGAACAUCAUAGAAUACAUAUUGAAGAAAAGGUUUAUGAAUGUAAUGAAUGUGGGAAGGCCUUCAACCGCAGCUCAUCUCUUACUUCCCACCAGAGAAUUCAUACUGGGGAGAAACCUUAUCAGUGUAAUGAAUGUGGAAAGACCUUCACCACCAGCUCCUCUCUUAUGUAUCAUAAUACAAUUCAUACUGGAGAGAAACCCUAUCAAUGUAAUGAAUGUGGGAAAGCCUUCAAUCACAGCUCCUCCCUUACUUCACAUCAUAGAAUCCAUACAGGAGAGAAACCUUAUGAAUGUAACGAAUGUGGGAAAGCCUUCACCACCAGCUCUUCCCUUACUUAUCAUCACACAGUUCAUACUGGAAAGAGACCAUAUGAAUGUGAUGAAUGUGGGAAAGCUUUCCGCUUAAGCACACAUCUUACUGAACAUCAGAGAAUUCAUACUGGAGAGAAACCUUACAAAUGUAAUGAAUGCAAAAAAACAUUUACCUGUAGCUCUUCCCUUACUUCUCAUCAAAGAAUCCAUACAGGAGAGAAACCAUAUGAAUGCAGUGAAUGUGGAAAAACUUUCACCUACAGCUCGUCUCUUACUUACCAUCUUAGAAUUCAUACUGGAGAGAAACCAUUUGAAUGUAAGGAGUGUGGGAAGACCUUUCAUUUAAGCACACAUCUUACCGAACACCAGAGACUUCAUACUGGAGAGAAACCUUACAAAUGUCAUGAAUGUGGGAAAGCUUUCCGUUUGAAUAUCCAAUUUACUCUGCAUCAGAGAAUCCAUACUGGAGAGAAACCUUAUGGAUGUCCUGAAUGUGGGAAGACUUUCCGUCAGAACAGACAACUCAUUCAACAUCAUGUGAUUCAUACAGGAAAUAAACAAAAUGAACAUGAGCAGAUCUUUCACAUAAGAGCAGAUCUUGCUGAACAUCAAAAAAUGCAUACUGAAGAGAAACCUUUUGAAUGUAGUGAAUGUGGGAAAGCUUUUUACUGGUUGGCACAACUUACUAGACACCAGAAAAAUCAUACUGGAGAGAGACCUUACGAAUGUAAUGAGUGUGGAAAAGCUUUUGGACAGAGGUCAGGGCUUAAUCGACAUCAGAAAAUCCAUAGUAAAGAAAAGCCUUAUGAAUGUGAUGAAUGUGGAAAGGCAUUCCGUGAAAAAAUGCAACUCACUCGCCAUCAGAAAAUUCACACUGGAGGAAAACCUUAUGAAUGUAAUGAGUGUGGGAGAAAGUUCCGAGAAAACAUACAACUUAGUCGACAUCAAAGAAUUCAUACUGGAGAGAAACCUUAUGUAUGUAGUCAAUGUGGGAAGUCUUUCCAAGAAAAGAUAAAACUUAAUCGACAUCAAAAAAUUCACAGUGGAGAGAAACCUUAUGAAUGUAAUGAGUGUGGGAAGGCUUUUUGCCUGAGCAUGCAACUUACUCGACAUCAAAGAAUUCAUACUGGAGAAAAAUCUUAUGAAUGUAAUCAGUGUGGGAAGGGCUUCCUUCUUAGUGCACAACUUAUUCAACAUCAGAGAAUUCACACUGGAGAAAAACCUUAUGAGUGUAAUGAAUGUGGAAAGGCUUUCCACUGGAGCUCAGGACUUAUUGAACAUCAGAGAAUCCAUACAAGACUGAAGCCUUAUAAAUGUGAUGAAUGUGGGAAGGCCUUCAAUUGCAACUCAUCCCUUACUUACCAUCAGAGAAUUCAUACUGGAGAGAAACCUUAUGAAUGCAAUAAAUGUGGGAAGGCUUUCCGAAGGCGCUCACAACUUACACAGCAUCAGAUAAUUCAUAGCGAAAAGAAACCUUAUGAAUGUAUUGAAUGUGAGAAGGCCUUUCGCUUGAAGUCACAACUCUCUAGACAUCAGCGAUUUCAUACUUUACAGAAAUAUAAUGAAUGGGGGAAACAUUCCGUCAGAGUCCACAAUUUACUGAUAAGUACACAAGACAUGGAACCAAGGAAAUUUCACCACCAGAUAAUUUAUAAAGGAGAAGAUAAAUUCCACAAAUGAAAUUAAUAUAAAAAAACCUUAAAUUAUAAAUCAUCCCUCAUUUCUUCCUAUCUUCAUAACAUUAAUCAAUAAUAUUUCUGCCUAUUUGGAACUGUGUGGUGAUCAAAUAUGAACCUUUGAUUCAAUUAAUUCUUAUCACUCAGAGCAAAAACUUGCUUCUGAAAAAAUCCUUUCUUUUCUGUUAGUUUCCCCUAUUCUUUUAUCUUUGUAUAUUUCAGCCCUUCCUUUCUUUAGUGUUAAUCCACUCCCAGUGCCAACUCCAUGUGGUAGUCUUGAAUAUUUCUGUUUGAGGUGGUGAUUAGAAUAUGAAACUUGAUGUUCCAGUCUAUCAUGAUCUUUUGGGGACCUUUGUUAAACUGUGUAAAAUAGCCCAUCUCGCAUUGUCAUCUGAAAAUUUGAUAAGGAAUCAUGCCUGUAAUGUUAUCUGAGUCACAGACAUUGCCAAAGUCCUUAAGUUGAUUGUUUUGUUAGUUCCAUAAAGAUCACGCCUAGUGA